CCAGGGCUGCCGCCACCCAGCUCGCCUCCGCCCUGGUCCACGGCAUCCGCCCUGGGGGCCUGGCGCAGCCGCCCCCGACCUUCCGGCCGGGCGCCGGUCAGCCGCUGCCUCCGCCAGGCGUGCCAGUGCACGGCUCCUGGCGCCCCCCGGUUCGUCCGCCGGCACCGGGGGCCUCCAGCUGGGGGACCAUGCCGGCGUCGCUGGGAGCGCCGAACGCGGCGAUAGUGCCGUUCCAGCGCCCGCCGUCGGCGAUGGGGGCCCCGCCGCAUCUGGCGCUGCCGGGGCUCGGCCCAGACGCCGCGGCCCUGGCGCAGGCCCCCCCGCCGGUGCCCGUCGACGUGAAGAAGCCGAGGAUCUUCCUGCUGCUCACGCGGCUGAGCCCGAGCCUGGAGGAGAGCCACAUGCAGCAGAUCCUGGAGCAGUGCGGGGAAGUCUGCGGCUGGAGGCGCGGCCGCGAUGCCACUGGCGUGCCGCUGAGUUUCGGCUUCGUGCAGCUCGGCUCCGCGGAGGCCGCCUGGAAGGCGUCCACGUGCUUGGGCGGGCGGAAGCUGUGCGGACAGGAGGUCAAGGUGCUCGUGGAGGAACGCC